UUAAUGUUUUAACAUUUAUGAAAUAGCCGUGAAGGAUUUUAAUUAUACGUGUAUUGUUUAAAUGCGUUUUAUUUAUUAAGUCAAGGAAUCCUCACAUUUUUUAUACGAUCAGUGAAGGACAUUAUUUCAUAAGAUGGUUGAUUCCAGCGAUUUGGAUCGGCAAAUAGAACAACUAAAAAAAUGUGAAAUUAUAAAAGAAGCUGAAGUUAAAGCUCUUUGUACAAAGGCACGCGAAAUUCUUAUAGAAGAAAGUAAUGUUCAAAGAGUUGAUUCUCCAGUUACUGUAUGUGGAGACAUUCAUGGACAGUUUUAUGACUUGAAAGAAUUAUUUAAAGUUGGUGGAGAUGUUCCCCAGACAAAUUAUUUGUUCAUGGGAGAUUUUGUUGAUAGAGGGUUUUAUAGCGUUGAAACAUUCCUUCUUCUUUUGGCAUUAAAGGUUCGCUAUCCUGAUAGGAUUACAUUAAUAAGAGGAAAUCACGAGUCUCGACAAAUUACACAAGUUUAUGGUUUUUAUGAUGAAUGUUUACGCAAAUAUGGUAGCAUUACAGUUUGGCGAUAUUGUACUGAAAUAUUUGAUUAUUUAUCACUUUCUGCUAUAAUUGAUGGAAAAAUAUUUUGCGUUCAUGGUGGAUUAUCUCCAAGUAUUCAAACGCUUGAUCAAAUAAGAACUAUAGAUAGAAAACAAGAAGUACCACAUGAUGGUCCAAUGUGUGAUUUACUUUGGUCAGAUCCUGAAGAUACUCAAGGUUGGGGAGUUUCACCACGGGGUGCUGGUUAUCUUUUUGGAAGUGAUGUUGUAACACAGUUUAAUUCUGCAAAUGAUAUUGACAUGAUUUGUAGAGCACAUCAAUUAGUUAUGGAAGGAUAUAAAUGGCAUUUUAAUGAGACUGUUUUGACUGUUUGGUCAGCUCCUAAUUACUGCUAUAGAUGUGGAAAUGUUGCUGCAAUAUUAGAAUUAAAUGAACAUCUACAACGAGAUUUUACAAUAUUUGAAGCUGCACCACAAGAAAGUCGAGGAAUACCUAGUAAAAAACCCCAGGCUGAUUACUUUUUAUAA